AUGGAUCUUCCUGAGCUGGACUCACAAGGAGCACCCGUUCGCUUUCCAGUUUGUUGCCUCAGCAUCUCAAGCAAAUUACUUCAGAUUUUAACAAAUAUCUUUUCCAAUACUACUCUCUCAGACGAAAAUCCAACUGUACUCUCUAUUGGAAGCGGGACCGGUAUCCUCGAAGCUCUUUUACUUGCCCACUCGCAAUCGCGAUCCCUACUCAACAUAGAGGGCGUGGAAGUUCAGCAGUUGGGCGGGAAAGCCCCAGUCAAUAGAUAUCUUCCCGAGCAGGCUAUAUACACCGUCCGCGGCACCUGGGAUGUUGUUUCGAGACUGCAUGAUCCGGAUGUGACAGCCCUGAUGUUUGUCUAUCCACGUCAGCCCGGUUUGAUCUCCGAGUAUAUAAAAGUCAUCUCUGAGCAGGAUCUGAAAGUCCAAGUCAUUGUGUGGCUGGGCCCAAUGGCUGACUGGGAGGUUUUUGAGCCCUGCUUCAGUGCCAGAAUUGGGACCAGUCAGUUUGCUGUUAGCGAGAAGAGGCAAGGCGCGGAGGCUGGCCUGGAUGAGUAUGAGUUGUUGGUAGUAGUGAGAAGGACAGUCUAUGGCAUAGGUGAAUCAUCGUUAUGA